AGCAUGUUCUAGGAGCUGGACAGGGUGAGACUUGACGAGGCUGACGGUUUGCCUACCGAUCCUCAUUCCUAAAUAGGAAACCUUCUCGCCAGCCGCUUAUUGCCAGGGACCCGGGUGCAUUUGAGCAACGGGAUUGGAUGCAUCGCAGUCAUUUGCUCGCAAGGCAAACCGCUAACCGAGAGAUCUGACCCAGUAGCCCCCCACGUUCGCCGGGUUGAUGGUGCGCUUAUAUAUGGGUGAGGUCGUAUCCAGGACGACUCGAUCACUGUUUCCUAUAUUAUGUGUGCCAUGCUUUCGUCUCUUUUAGCCAUUAUAAGGCUUCGGCUUUUCCCUCUGUUCUUGGUUCCACGUAUUUCCCGUAAUGACAACUCGCCUUGCUCGUAACACUCGUUUCUCACCCUCAAAGAGAGUAGGUGUUUGGUAGCGGCGCGAUCAAGAUGGUGCGGCAAGAGUGUACGGAAGUCGGGCCUUAUUGCCCGGUGGAAUACACAGUCCUGUCAUACUACCCAAACCUUGCUGUCAAUGUUGUCCUUUGCGUCGGAUUUGGGCUCUGCGCGCUGGGCAUUAUCGGAGUUGGUGUCUGGAAGAAAACAUGGGGAUACUCAGCCGCAUUGGCGGCGGGUUGUAUCCUCGAGAUGGUUGGUUACGUAGGACGCAUCCAGUUACACAGCAACCCGUGGGAUUCCAAGGCCUUCGAGACGCAGAUCUGCGCCAUCAUCCUCGCGCCGACGCUGAUUUGCAUCUCCAUCUACCUGAUAUUGAAACACAUCACGAUGUCCGUCAAUCCGGCGCUAUCGCGCAUCCGCCCUCGAUUGUACCCCAUCAUCUUCGUCCCCGCCGAUAUUUCGUGCCUCGUUCUCCAGGCUACGGGCGGUAGCAUGGCCGCUGUUGCCAGUUCUGGAAAUUUGGACCUCCUGCUCGCGGGCGAUCGAGUUAUUAUCGCGGGAAUCGCGUUGCAGGUUGUGGUUCUGGGCUGCUUUGCGCUCAUGUGCUUUGAUUACUGGCUCAGGGCAAGGAAGUGGGUCAAGACGGAGGAGGCUACGGCCAAGGCGAAGGCGUUGUGGAUGAAUAAGAGGUUCAGGAUCUUUUGCUAUGCUGUGUCGGGGGCUUUGGGUGGCAUUUUGAUACGAUGCAUUUAUCGUAUUGCGGAAAUGGCUGGAGGUUGGGGGUCCCCUAUUAUGCAGGAUGAGCCGUCAUUCAUUGUGCUUGAGGGUUUCAUGAUCUUGAUCCCCGUCAUUCUUCUCACGAUAUUCCAGCCAGGUCUCCUGUUCCCUGCCAUGGCUGAACGGGAAAGCCUGCGUUUCGAAAAGAAGAGCAAGAACGAGCAACCUGUUGUCUCCAGCAAUGCAACUCCAGAGGAUCUCGAGCAUGUGAAACCUCAGCGGCUUGAGAAGUCGAGCGUCUGAUGUUGAGGGUUCAGCUUGUGUUGGAUUGAAUUCUUGCAUAUCAACAUAGCAAAAAUGGGUCGGUUUUCUCGUUAGACGUCACCUUCGGUCUCAAACCAAGGAGUUAUGGGUAUCUCUUGAGGUAAUUUCACACGUUACUCUCAACUAUUCAGGUACAAUGGGCUUAUAGACAGCUCGACUAAAGCUGCUUGUUUUUACAGUCGGUUGGCUAUGGCAGCAAUUGGGCCAAUUUACCAUCCCAAGGCAGAUGUGAUGGGUAUUUCGUUAUAUCAGUGCAGCUAUCCAACACCCACUGACCGCCUCGCUAAAUUGCCUGUUCCAACUUUCUCGGCGUGUUUUGAGCUUCUUGGGGUUGAGUGGCACUCGAAAUACAUCUAAUCACGACUUCUCGUUGGUGUCACCUCAAGUUUAACCUCGAC